AUGGUGAAUUUCGCCCAAGCUGUGCGUGAUCACUGGGUUCACAUCCUUGUUCCCUUAGGAUUUGUGAUUGGAUGCUAUUUGGAUAGAAGGAAUGAUGAAAAACUGUCAGCCUUCAGAAACAAGAGCUUACUAUAUAGAAGAGAGUUGAAGCCUGGUGAAGAAGUUACAUGGAAGUAA